UUAGAUAAUAUAGUUUAUUUUCUAAUGUUGUUUUUAAGGUAAUUGAACAGUCACAGGAAUCAUCUAUAACUAAGAAAAUUGGGAACAACCUCUAACUUUAAUCACACCAAAGAGAAACUGUAUAAACAUGAACAAUGCUCUUGCCUUUCCGUUGCAAAUUUUUACAUACCUUAAUUUCAGUGUGACUGACUCUACACUAAUCUAAAUGAUGUGAGUGUUAAUAUAUAUAACUAAUGUCUUUGAAUUUAUCCUCACACAUGUCUUCAAUGGACUUACUCGUUACUCUGCUCCUUCUAGCCUCUCCCGUGGCUCUGGCCAAGUCUUCUCCCUCCCUUCCUGCCAUCUUUACCUUUGGCGACUCCAUUUUCGACGCAGGAAACAAUCAUUUCAACAAAAACUGCACUGCUCAAGCUGAUUUUCCUCCUUAUGGCUCUUCCUUCUUCCACCAACCUACCGGGAGGUUCACCAAUGGAAGAACCGUAGCUGACUUCAUAUCGCAAUUUAUAGGUCUUCCAUUACAGAAAUCAUUCUUGGAACUGCAGAUCCAAAUCUUGAACAGAACUUUAAAACGAUUCCCUUCUAAUGGCAUUAACUUCGCCAGUGCCGGUAGUGGAUUCUUGCUUGAUACCAACAAAGACAUGAGAGUGACACCGAUCCAAACGCAACUUCAGCAAUUCCAAACACUUGUAGAGCAGAACAAAAUAGAAAAAUCUGUAAUCCAAGAAUCUCUCUUCUUAUUAGAGUCUGGUUCCAACGACAUCUUUAACUACUUUCUUCCAUUCCAAACCACUACACUCUCUCCAGACGACUAUGUAGACUCAAUGUUAACCCAAGUUAACAAAACCAUUGAUCAAAUCUACAAACUAGGAGCUCGUCGCAUCGCCAUCUUCUCUUUAGGUCCAGUAGGAUGUGUCCCUGCAAGAGCCUUGCUUCCUAAUGCCCCAACCAAUAAAUGCUUUGGCAAGAUGAAUGUUAUGGCCAAGAAGUAUAACAGAAGACUUGAAGAUAUAGUGAACAUAAUCCCCACUAAGUACCCUGGAGCCAUUGCUGUGUUUGGAGCUGUGUAUGGUAUCACUCACAGAUUCCAAACCUACCCUGCUCGUUACGGGUUUUCGGAUGUGUUGAAUGCGUGUUGUGGGGGAGGGACACUGGGAGGGUUGAAACAGUGUGGAAGAGAAGGAUACAAGAUUUGUAAUAACCCCAACGAGUUUAUGUUUUGGGAUUUUUAUCAUCCGACAGAACGUACUUACCAUCUCAUGUCAAAAGCUUUGUGGAAUGGAAACGAGAACAAGAUCAGACCGUUCAAUCUCAUGGCUCUUGCCACCAACUUCACAUUUUAAAAGCAAGAAAGUGAAACUUUGCUCCUCUUCUUCUAAUGUUACAUAAAAGCUACACAGUGAUGUUAUUGUUUUCGUCCGUAUCUUCUAUGAAAUACAAUAAUAUGAUUUUACAAAUAAAACAUAAUAUUAAACUAGAGCUUAACCCGCGCCGAUGCGCGGAUACUUUUUAUAGUUAUCUGUUAAAUUUAAUAUAUAUAUUUUUAAAUUAUUUCUAUUGUGUUGGUAUUUUUUUAAAAAAAAAUUCAUGGAUUGCGUUUUAAAUAGACUAUGAUUUUUUUUCUACACGGUGUUGAUAACUUAUGUCAUCUUCGGAUAUGAUAUAUAUCUUACCUAUUAUUUGGAAAAAAUAUGGUUGGUGUGGGGCGUAUAUUUUUCACUUAUAUAUGUGUCUAGCUUUGAUUUUUUGUAUGAUAUGAUCGUGAAACUAUUCUUUAUAUAUGUAAGAUAAAUUUUUCAUGUGUUUUUUUGUACUCGUGUGUAUUAUAUUACAUAUUAGUGAACUUAUAAACUGAAAAUGUCUAAGCCUAUAAAGAAAAUGAAGAUAGCUUGAGUUUUAUGAUACCAUUGUCAUCUUGUUGAACUUAACUUAGAUGUAUAUUAUACUUUCCGCAAAUAUUUUAUUCCAUCAUCGACAGAUAUUUGAUAAGUGAAAGGAGAUUGAUGAUGAAAACAUCAAAAGAAAACGUGCCAAAUUAAAUGAUUUAACUGAGAAACAUCAUUUUUAUUGCAAUAAACCAAAUUAAAUUCUUUUACUGCAUAUAUCAAUCACAUAAUUCACAUUGCACAAUGGUUUUACCAAAUUCCAUUUAAUUAAACUAAUUGAUACAGUUGAGUUAGCUACAUAAAAACACGCUUUGAAAACUAAUAAGAAACAAUCUCUCACCUUUUCUGCGUUGUGUCAAGGAGAUUUAUCAAAGAUUAUACUAUAUUUUUUUUACGAAGGUUUGCGUAAAAGUAAUAUUCCUCCUUAGGUUUAUCAGAGAUUACUCUUAGAUACUU